GAAACAGCUACAUAUUACUACUUCAAUUUCCACAACCCAGAAAGACAUCACAACCCCAAUAACCACAGUUCCUACAAUAACUCCCACCACUCCCACUUCAUCAACACCAAUUAUGAACCCUACUUCCACACCAGAUUCAACCUCUCCAGUUACUACAACCCCCUUUUCUACUACCACAACAUCAUCCACUUCUGCAAGUUGGUGUGUUGCUAGCCCAAGUGCAUCACAAAUGGCAUUACAAGUUGCCUUGGACUAUGCUUGUGGCUAUGGUGGCACUGAUUGUUCAGAGAUUCAGCUUGGUCGAAGUUGUUACAACCCAAAUACUGUCCGAGACCAUGCUUCUUUUGCAUUCAAUAACUUUUAUCAGAAGAAUCCAGUUCCAAAUAGCUGCAAUUUUGGUGGCACUGCUGUCAUCACCAGCAAUGAUCCAAGUACUGGGACAUGUCAAUAUCCAUCCACUAGCACAAGUUCAUCGGUUUUGAACACAACAAAUUCAAGUGGCUCAACGGUUUUCGGUGCAGUACCUUCUGGUCCUUCUACCUCUUCAGUAGCUGCUGCUGCAAGUUCGCAUAGCCUGCGAAACUUGUUCACUAUGAUGUCUCUGACGGUGGUUCUACUCGCUUAAAAGGCUCCAGUGGACUUCCCCGACUAAAAAUUGGUGUUUGGUUUGGGGGUUAGAAUGUAGCAUACAUAUGGGGAGGUACACAUUUUACAUACUAGUGGCUUAUUACAUUGAGAUGACUCAUCUCCUGUAAUGGAUAUAUCAAUGAGUUUCUUUCUUAGUGAUGAGAUUGAGAGACCUUCAAAAAGGAGAUAAAGCAAUGUGGGAAUGUGUUGGUUCUUGUAGAGGUAGCAUUGUAGCAGCUACCGAACACUAAGAAAAUGUUGUAAUUACCGGAAAUAGAAAAUUUUGACAGGAACUUAUUGAAAUAGUGUGUGUAGGACUAAUGUACCCAUUAUAUAUGGUUGAAGUGAAAUAUGGGCUUGGUCAGUUUUCUGUUGGGUCUGGUUCUGGGUCUGGGUCCGUCUGCAGAAGCGGGCCUCUUGUACUCAUUCGCUUCUUUUAAUUUUUUGUUUUUUUUUUUUGUUUUUCCCUUUUCUUUGUUAAUCCCAAAUUGGCGUGGU